AUGAAGAUCUCCAACAACGCACCUCAGCACUUGUCCAACUACGAGGUCCUCCAGCACUUUCUCGAGCUCAAGACGGACAAUGACCGUCUGCAGAGCCUGGUCGGCAACCACACCAAGCGUGCAAUUCUGAACGCGCGUGCCCAGUAUCCAUUGGGCAAAUUCGACCGUGACCAGGAAGUGGUCGAGGUCGAGGACGCCGAGAUUGACGUUCUCGAGGCCGAGGACGUAGCGUCGCGCCGCGGUGUAUCCGACGAGCUGGUCUGGGUCCAAGAAGAGGUCCUCAAGUACCUCUGUGCCGACUACAACGUCACCGCCCGCCAGACCGAGGACGGCAUCCAGAAGCUUGCAGACGACCUGCAAGAUUACAAGCUCACAAAGGCCGAGCUGCUACAGGUGUGCAACUUGGCGCCCGGCAGCGAUGUCGCACUGCACAUGGUCAUCGAGGAGCCCGAGACACGCCUCGCCCACCCGUACGAAGAGACAAUCAGCGAUAUGGUCGCCAACGUUAUCGCCCCGACUCUCCUGCCCAGUGUCCCAACACACCUCCUCCCAUUUGUCAACACUGUCAGGCCAACCGAUAUUGCUCAGACGAUUCUGGACGACACGGCAGAGUACGGCCAGGACGAGGAGGGCUACGAGGAGGAAGAAUACGUGUACGAAGCAGAGUGGGGAGCCGGUCGCGAGGGCGCGAUCGACGACGAGGAGGACAACACCAUGGACUAG